AUGGAAGCACCACCAGCCGUAAAAUUAGAGCUGGAUGAGGAGGACGGCGAACAGAUUUAUGGUAAGGAGUCGCAUGCAGAUGAUGUGGAUAGCAAGGCAUCAAUUGAGCCCGAAAUAGGGGAAGAUUGGGCCGACCGCGGUCCGCUGGCGGCAAGACUUCGUCGGCGGGCGCUCUACCACCUGCGGGUGGGUCCUACCACGGUGCUACCGCUGCUCCUCGUUCUGCACGACCCACGCCAGAUCGAAGCCUUCAAAACUCCAUCGGCCGAAGAUGAAGAUGAGGUGGCCGACGACGUCGAGUGCAAGAGAAGCUCGGGCGAAGGCAGCGCGCAGUUCCUGCGGGCGCUGACGAUGGCCUUGCGCGACGUGCUGAUGGCCUACCUCGUUUCGUCCACCAACAGCCGCGUGUGGCUCUCGGUACCUUCUGUGUCCUCUACAUCCUCCUCCUCCUCGGGUGGUCGACGGUUCUUCUCCGUGCCCGGCCGCAGCGACGUGCGCUUCACCUACCGAUUCGCACCCACAACGCCGCGCUAUGCGGUCAUGACCAAGUCCUCGCCCAGCAGCGGCCACAAGCGACGAUCGUUGAGCUCGACCAGCACGAGCAGCACUCAUCACGGAGACGAAGACAGGGAACACCGAGCAAAGAAGAAGCCGAGGCAGGACGACGCUGACGAUGAAGAGGAAAAGGCGAAGGAGAAGAUGGACGAGUUCGAGGAGAGGAAUGAAGCGGAGGAGGAAGAUGGCGAAAGCAGCGUGGGAGCGGUGAGUGGCAGCGAGGAGCAGGACGGGCUCGCUAGCGACGGAGAAGAGGAGGAGGAAGAUGAUGAGGAAGAAGAAGAGCAAGAUGUGGUUGAAGAGGACGACGAGGAAGGCCUGAGCGAAGACGAGCUGCUAGAACGACGACGCAAGAAGCAGAUGAAGCAGCUGGCCGACAGCUAUCGCGGCUACUCCGUGACGCCGCACACGCUCGUCGUGGAGACCCUGAGUGCAGCGCAGGCGGCGACGAUGGACGACGUCCUCGAGCACGCUGCCGCCACCAAGUCACCGCCCCCGGCCCACAAGCUCUCCCACUACUUCGGCGGCAGCGGCAACGGUAACGGCGGCGGGCGGAGGCAAGCGACGGGCACCGGCGGGAAGAAGUCGGCCGGAGCCGCCACGAGCAAGGCCAAGGCCAAUACCAACAGCAGGCCCAAGAAGAGGCUCAGCAACUAA